AUGCUUCCCAGCUAUGUUGCUAUUGGAGAUACUAGUGAUCCAGUCACCGAGGAAGUGGCCAUCCUUUUCCGGCACGUUGUAGAGAUUACGUCUAUUAGAACCAAGAACAGCUGGUAUCUUUUCGCGUGUUUCGGGAGCCAGUGUCGUAAGGGACUAACAAGAGAGGGCGGUUACUUCAUUUGCAAGGCGUGCAAAUCCAAGGUUGACUAUCCAAGGACGAGGGUGAUUUGGUGCCCUUCUACCUUCACCACCAAACAAUUUUGGCCCCGUAGUACCAUUAUUAUUGAUCUACUAUACCCUGCUAGGUUUCGGAUUCAAGCGGAUGUAACUGAUGGAACGAUGAGCACCGUUGUCACCCUCUUUGAUGAAGUUGCUGAGCAGUUGGUCAAGAGGACCGCAAAAUCCUUGGUAGAGGAACAGCUGAAUGAUACUUCUAUAGAUGCUCCCAUACUACCCUUCGCCCUCGAAUCCCUUAUUGGAACAAAACACACUUUUGAGAUAAAGAGCCACACAUACUACCGUUAUGGAGAAUAUAAGAGCUUCAAUUGCGCGAAGAUUGUUGGCCCUGGUUUGGAUGAUACAGAUGGGAGCGUUAAGGUUGUCACGUCGGAUUUGGGUGCCAUACCAUCUGACUCCCCAAAGCGUGGUUCGAGCCUCCCGCAUCCGACACCCGGAACUGGAUGCAAACUUAGAAAGCUCUACGUUGAAGAAUCGGAUGACGAUGAUGAGGGGGUGUCCGUUGACCGUGUGCAUGUUACCGGUGUGCUGGCUGUGCGCCCCUUUGUGAUGCUCGAAGCCUCUUUCGCCUUUCAUGCAUAUUCACGUGUUUUGCCUAACGGGUUGAUCCAAUACGUUUGUGGGCUAAAACUGCUUGAACAGGCUGGAACAAACAGAGGUUGCACUCAAAUACAACCGCCAACUGUUACAGUGACCACUGGUGUUCGUGUUCGCACCCCACGUAGGGCAGCGUUUGCAUCAACAGGUGCGCAUGUUAGGUACCAAAGCCUUGGCCGUCCAACCUUCACGUGCCAUAAUUGUGCAGCGAUCAUGUGGUAUGAAGAGAGGAAUAAAAAUACAAAGUCGUCUGAUGGGACGACUUUCUCUUCGUGCUGCCAGGAUGGCAAGGUUUUGCUUGCUCGCCUUCUUGAUCCUCCUGAACCAUUAAGAUCAUUACUUGAAUAUAACGACCCGGAGACACUUAGAUUCAGAGAACAUAUUAGAGUUUACAAUAGCAUGUUCUGUUUCACAUCAUUUGGGGGAAAGAUUGAUCAUGCUAUAAACAGUGGUCGAAGCCUAUACACCUUCCGAAUAAGUGGUCAGAACUACCACCGAAUAGGCGCCAUGUUGCCAGUUGAAGGUGAACAACCCAGAUAUGCUCAGCUGUAUUUCUACGACACGCAAAACGAAGUUAAAAACCGUAUAACUGCUUUGUUUGGCCAGACCCAUUGUCACGACACAUGUGAUGAAGCAAUUGUUGCGUCCCUCAUCAGAAUGUUAGACACCCACAGUCCUUUGGCUACCGCCUUCCGCAUGGCACGCGACUGGUGCACUCAAAAUGAAAGCAACAAUUGUCAACUACGCUUACUAGGCCAAAUAAUAAACAAUCCACAGUACAAUCGCCCUAAUGUGUCUGAAGUUGCUGUUCUUAUCACAAAUGACUUUGGGGACAACACCGAACCACGUGAUGUUAUCGUCAGCACAAAGCACGGCGCGCUUCAACGCAUAUCAGAAUUACAUCAGCUUUACAUGCCUUUGCAGUAUCCGUUGUUGUUUCCGUACGGAGAGACCGGGUUCCACGAGCGAAUACACUACCAUGACAACACCGGACGUCGGGCGACUAAACGACAAUGUGUCACAAUGCGGGAAUACUACUGCUACAGAAUCCAUUAUCGCAAUAACGAAGCUAUCGAAGAACAAAGGUUGCGCUGGAUGAGGAAUAACCAAAAUGAGCUGCGCGUUGAGCUCUAUCAUAAUGUUUGUGACGCUGUGACGCGUGGGGAUACAAAUGCUGAGGCUAUCGGGCAACGUAUAGUUUUGCCGGCAACCUUUACGGGCAGUCCAAGAUAUAUGAUCCAAAAUUACCAAGACGCCAUGGCUCUGUGCCGUGCUUUUGGGAACCCCGACCUGUUUGUAACGUUUACAGCUAACCCAAAAUGGCCUAAAAUCGAAGACAUGGUGUCUCUCAUACCAGGACAAAAGUCUCAUGACCGUGCAGAUGUUGUAUCACGUGUUUUUAAGCUAAAGCUGACCUUCUUGAUUGAAGAUAUUAUGAAGAAACAAAUCUUUGGCAGCUGCAAAGUAGUUAUUUAUACAAUUGAGUUUCAAAAACGAGGCCUACCGCACGCGCACCUUUUGUUGUGGCUUGAACAUUCUGCCGCGUCUCGCACGCCGGCUGGUAUAGAUGAUUUGAUUUCAGCAGAGAUCCCAUCGGAAAUUGACGAUCCAUCCGGCUAUAAGGCUGUAACAGAUUACAUGUUGCACGACCCAUGUGGGAAUGAUGCGCGCAGUGCUCCGUGUACAACAGAUGGAAAAUGCAUGAAACACUUUCCGAAACCAUUUUACCAAGAAACAACAAUUGACGAAGACGGUUACCUGGUUUAUCGACGACGAGAUACCAAGAUCUUCUUUAAGAAGGGCAAAACGAAGCUUGACAACCGGUUUGUCGUCCCAUACAACCGCUAUCUCCUCUUAAAGUACGAAUCGCACAACAAUGUUGAAUGGUGCAACCAGUCCCGAGCGAUAAAAUACCUGUUUAAAUACUUAAACAAGGGGCCAGACAGGGCUACAAUGGUUGUUCAGGAAAACAUUGGCAAUAACGGUGAAAAGCGUACACAACAGAUUGUUAAGGUCGAUGAGAUUAAAAACUAUCUGGAUUGCCGGUACUUAUCGCCAUGUGAAGCUGUGUGGAGAAUGCUUGCAUUUCCUAUACAUUACUCAUUCCCAUCCGUCAUGAAGCUAACGUUCCAUACACCUAAUCAACAUCUGCUCACGUUACGUGAUUCGGACAGCUUGACGGCCCUGUUAAACCGGGACGGGAUACGAGACACAAUGUUCACCCAAUGGUUUGCGCUAAACAACAGAGAAGAAGCGGCAAGAGAGUUAACGUACGCCGAGAUACCAACAAGGUAUGUGUGGCAAGAGGAUAACAAGGUAUGGAAAACGCGGUUGGAGCGGACAGCCAUUGGGCGGAUUGUGUAUUGCAAUCCAGCAGUUGGGCCAAAGUAUUAUCUAAGGAUGUUGUUGGGAAUUGUGAGAGGGCCUCAAAGUUUCGAAGAAAUAAAAACGGUCGACGGAGUCGUAUAUGCAACGUUCAAAGAAGCCUGCUAUGCGUAUGGCUUGCUUAAUGAUGACAAGGAGUGGAAUGACGCCCUGUCAGAGGCUAAAUUAUGGGCGUCCGGUUCCCAACUACGGGAAUUGUUUGUUACCAUGUUGUUGUUUUGCGAAGUGAAUCGCCCGGCACAACUGUGGGCACAAAAUUGGGAGAUACUAUCUGAUGAUAUUUUGUACCUGAAACGUAGGCUCUUCAUGUUCCUAGGGUUACAUUUAUCAGACGACCAGCUUAAGAACUACUGCCUGAUUGAACUAAAUGAACUAUUGGAGAAAAAUGGAAAAUCGUUGGCGGAUUUCACAGAUAUGCCACAACCGGAUACGUCGCUCCUCGAUAAGAUGGAUAAUCGUCUAAUCAGGGAAGAGUUGAGUUACAAUAAAAAAAAGUUGACAGUCGAACAGGAUCGAUUAUAUGCAUCACUGAACAUGGAACAAAUGGUCAUAUACGACACAGUCAUUGAUUCUGUUACCACCCGAAAAGGCGGGUUCUAUUUCGUGUAUGGUCCGGGUGGGACAGGCAAGACGUUCCUGUACAAAGCCAUUCUGUCACGCUUAAGAUCUAUGGGCAUGAUUGCCCUUGCGGUUGCAUCUUCAGGUAUCGCGUCCCUUCUAUUACCCGGUGGUCGGACAGCUCAUAGCCGCUUCGCUAUCCCUAUAGAAUUACUUCACAAUAGCACGUGUGCCAUCAAACAAAAUACCCAGUUGGCACACCUGUUACAAGAGGUAAGGUUAAUCAUCUGGGACGAAGCACCAAUGAUGCAAAAAUAUGCUUUUGAAGCACUUGAUAAAACACUUAGAGAUAUCUUGGGGUUUCCUACCUACGCAAACAGGGAACGCGUGUUUGGUGGCAUGCCUGUUUUGCUUGGUGGUGAUUUUAGACAAAUCCUUCCCGUCAUCCCAAAGGGAAAAAGAGAAGAUGUUGUUCAGGCAUGCAUAAAUAAAUCGUAUCUGUGGAAAAGUUGUGAACUCUUCAGACUCCACCGUAGUAUGCGUGUCAACGAAUACACCUCAACAGGUGUGCUAGACAUGGAUAGGCAAUGUUUCAACAAAUGGUUGUUAGAAAUCGGCGAUGGAAUCGUUCCUUCAAAAGCCAAAGAAGGUGAAGAUGAGCCAACCUGGAUCGAGAUACCCACCAGGUUCAUCGUUAAUAGUUGUGGCCUUCCUGUGGAAUCGAUUGUUAACGCUGUCUUCCCGUCGUUUACAGAAAGGCAGGUCGAUGACGAUUUUUUGUGUGAAAGAGCAAUACUAACCCCGCGCAAUAUAGACGCGGACGAAAUCAAUGAUUACAUGUUUGCACAAUUGAGGCGGACCACAAAGACCUACAAGAGUUCGGACGAGAUAUGUCGCACAUCCACGGAUGUAUUAGAACAGGAACAACUCUAUCCGUCUGAAUUCCUAAACUCUUUGACAUUCCCAGGUAUGCCACCGCACGCUUUGCAUUUAAAAGAAGGCCUCCCUAUCAUGCUUUUAAGAAAUGUGAACCCCUCGCAAGGAUUAUGUAAUGGCACCCGCCUUAUUAUCACAGACCUUGGGAAAUUUGUUAUCAAGGCUAGGAUACUUACUGGGUCUAAUCGUGGAGAUACUGCAUUAAUACCGAGGAUAACCCUUUCAUCCACGAAAUCAAAAUGGCCAUUUAUUAUGAAAAGACGCCAGUUCCCAGUGAAACCAUGCUAUGCAAUGACCAUUAAUAAAAGUCAAGGCCAAUCAUUAAAAGUUGUUGGUCUGUAUUUGCCCCGACCUGUGUUUAGCCAUGGUCAGCUUUAUGUCGCGCUUUCAAGGGUUACGACACCUAAAGGUUUAAAGAUUGUCAUCGUCGGGGAUGGCAAUGGUAGCAUGAAAAACCAUACCAGAAACAUCGUUUACAAAGAAACAUUUAACAAUUUGGUGACAUCAGAUCAGACACAAUAA